ACCUGAGUUGGAAAUGACGUCUCUAGAGUCGGAAGUGGACGCCAAGCCUCAUCCGGCCUGGCGCCGUGUGUCAACAAGAGCAAUCCAGAUAAGAAAGACCUCCCUGUCCAGAACAUCAGGCAACAGCUGCUUCAACACACUCAUCCCAUCUCAUAGUUUGAGAUGAGCUCUGUCAGGAUAUAAUAUCACCCGCGAAAUUCUUCAUUAUGGACAACCUCGACCCGUUCCUCCAGGUGCAGGCGGACGUUUUAUCAACCUUACAAAGCGCUCGCCCGCUUUUCUCAUCGUACCUUCGAAUCCGGUCGCUCGCCAAAUCGCCCAACAACCCUGAACUACAACAAGCGCGGACCGAGCUCGAAUCGACGCUGGCCGACCUGACGGCCGAUCUAGACGACCUGGUGGAAAGUGUGCGCGCCAUCGAACUCGAUCCCUACCGGUAUGGAUUGGAACUGGAAGAAGUGCAACGCCGACGGAAACUCGUCGAUGAUGUGGGCGAUGAGAUUGAACAGAUGCGCGGGGAGCUGCAGAGAGCGGUUUCGACCGCCGUCAUGGGACGGGCACAGGGAGGGGGAGGAGGAGGAGGAGGAGCGACGGGGGCCGCGGGGUUACCGAAUCCCGCAGACUUUGAUGCAUUCCUGUCGCCCACGGCUGGAGAUGACGAUGAUGAAGGAGGGCGAGGGGACGAUUACUAUGCGGAACUGGAACAGCAGCGCCAGAUGGAGCUGAUGCAGGAACAGGAUGAGCAGCUGGACGGGGUGUUUCGGACGGUGGGCAAUCUACGCCAGCAGGCAGAUGAUAUGGGCCGUGAGCUGGAAGAUCAGGCCGGCAUGAUUGAAGAGGUGGACACGCUGGCCGAUCGAGUGGGUGGGAAGUUGCAGAACGGGGCGGCAAGGUUACAGCAUAUUAUACGGAAGAACGAAGAUACAAUGUCUUCGUUUUGCAUUGUCGUCCUCAUUUUCGUUCUCGUUCUAUUACUCAUUCUGGUGAUCGUCCUGUGAUUGUAUAGUGGGCGUGGAGUUUCUUGUCACUUUUGUUUCUUUGGCGCAAUUCAAACCUUGGUCUUCUUGCGGGGAUGCGACUCCUCCUCUUCGUCAUCCUCGUCCCCCUCCAAGUCUUCCAGGUCUUCCAGGUCGGCGUCCGAGAGAUCAUCGGCGAUCGCAUAGGAUUCGA